AUGAAUUUCCUCCACUCCGCUGAACAUGAACACGACAAUUUUGGUGUCGACUGGGUGCUCCAUUAUGAAUUUGAAGAUAUCGAUUCCACGCUGGCCGUUGAUGAAUUUCGCGCUCUGAUCCAACAACUGGAAGAUGCCCAUUUACACACCCAGGUCCGGCCUGGUAAUGAUACCUCGCUCCUGGUAUUCAUCCGGAUUCCUCGAGACCGACUUGGGGUAAUGAUUCAUGAAUCGAGAGUAAAAGAUUGGCUACAUGGCAUCACUCACUCACUCCCAAUUGCAGACCGCGAGCCUAUUGACGUUACGGCCGAGACCCCUUCUGAAGAGUUGCGGUCGAUCUACCACGCGGUGACCUGGCAGAAACAACUAGGUGGAGCAGGGAUUACACCCGGAGUAGGGAAAUGGAAACAUGUCACCGCCGCGUUCCCCUUGCAUGAUCCGCUCGCCAACGCCGAGCUGUUACGGCGCUGGAGCCGAACGACUACGUUAUCCUCCGAAGAUCUGGAUGCCAUCCGGGCAUUGUUUGGGGAAAAGGUCGCUUUCUACUUCGCCUUCAUUCAUUGUUAUUCUCUUUUCCUGCUAUUUCCCACAGUUUGCGGCGUCGUGUGCUGGCUGUACGGCGGUCCAUACUCUAUACUUUUUGGCAUUUUGAACGGAAUCUGGUGCAUCGUGUUUGUGGAGUACUGGAAGAUCCGAGAGACAGAGUUGAGUCUGCGGUGGAAGGUCAAGGGCUCUGGGGUGCUGAAGGUGAACCGAAUUCAAUACACCUGGGAGAAGGAAGUCAUCGACUCCAUUACCGGGGAAAUCCACAAGGUCUUCUCGACGAAGAAACAGUUGCUGCGACAACUACUGCUUAUUCCGUUUGUAUUCGUCGCCAGCCUGGCGCUGGGGACGUUGAUUGUGGGCACUUUUGCUCUAGAAGUUUUCAUCUCGGAGGUGUACAAUGGUCCGUUGAAAGGAUAUCUGGAAUUCCUCCCUACCGUGCUGUUUUCCCUGUCCCUGCCGACCAUUUCUUCCACUCUCACGUCUAUGGCUACCCGGCUCACAGACUACGAGAACUAUCGCACGCAAGACCAGUAUGACCUGGCGCAAACCCAGAAGACAUUCGUUAUGAAUUUCAUCACCUCUUUCCUGCCAACUUUGUUGACCGCUUUUGUGUACGUUCCUUUCGGCGAAAAGAUCGUCUCCAUCCUAUGCCCUUCCUGGGACGUCCGUGUCGACGCGACUCGGCUGCAGCAAGAAGUAGUUUACCUGUCAGUGACAGCGCAAGUGCUCAACUGCGCCGAAGAGCUGCUGGUGCCCUACCUCAAACGGACCUUGUGGCAGAAGUACCGGGCCUACCGGCACAGACGGGCUGCUUCUGCCCGAGGGCGCGCCCACUCGCGCGCGACGGACCUCCUCCUUCUCGACCCGCUCGAGGAAUCUUCCUUCUUGAGACGUGUGCGCACGCAAGCCGCAUCGGACGAGUACAACGUCCACGACGAUAUCCUCGAGAUGUGCGUGCAGUUCGGCUACCUGGCACUGUUCGGCGUGGUGUGGCCGCUCGUCCCGCUCGGCUUCCUGCUCAACAACUGGCUCGAGUUGCGCGGCGACUUCUUCAAGCUGAGCCUCGAGUGCCAGCGCCCCCCGCCCAUCCGCGCCGAAUCCAUCGGUCCCUCGCUCCAGGGGCUCGAGUUCCUGACCUGGCUCGGGACCCUGUCUACAGCAGCGAUCCUACACAUCUACCGCUCCGGUGGCACUGGCGAGGUCCAUCUCUCAUCCGUGGUGAUGACCAUCUUUGCCGCAGAACAAGCCUAUUUGGCUGUGACGUUCGGGGUGCGGUAUGCGCUGCAGAAACUCGGGUCUCAGGCCGAGCGCGAAGAGGUCGCCAGGCAGUACGCGGUACGGAAGCGCUAUCUGGCCUCUCUGCUGGGAGGACCUAAGCCUGCUUCCUCUCCCUCCGCGCGGCCUCGAGUCCGAUUUCACGACAAGGUAGACGUGUACCAUCUCGAAGGCAAAGACGCUGCAACCACUGUCUCGCUAACUGCCGAGUCUGAGCGACAGUCUCAAUUUUGGACCUUGAAUUCUGUCUCCACGGCAGAGGCUGGCGUCAAGCUGAUCCGGGCAUUGAGUACUACGGAUGAAACACCGACAAAACAAUAUAAAUCGAUGUAA